GCAGAUGUAAGCGAUGUAAACAAACAAGUGUCAAUGAUCCGUAACUUAUAGCUGAAUUCUACUGAUUUACACAUUUAUCAUUGGAUAUUUUUUGGGAAAUCAGCACUUCAAUAUGGAUCUUACCACGUUUUCCCAAGAAAGCUUUGAGCCAAAGGAAUGGAUUAACAAUAUCUUCCGAAGCCCAGAAGCGCAUCAAAAUAGAGAUCAUUAUGCAUCAUCUCAAGUCCUAAGACUUCAACUUGCAAUUCAAGAAGUGAAUAAUGCUUUAGAGGAAACCAGCCAACAGGUGAUGGCCAGCCUGCCAAGGGUACUGAGAGACAUAGAAUCUCUGGGUCAUGAGGUGGCUGUGCUCAAGAACCAGAUGAAGAGUGUGAGGCAAGACAUUGAAAAGGUGGGGUUGAGCAACACAGCUGCCAGCAUGCAGACCCUUGUCAAGCUGGAUUCCUUGAAGGGAAGAUUAGUGGCUUCCUCCCAGGCUCUCCGUGAGGCUGAUAAUUGGACCACACUUUCCACGGAUAUUGAGGAGGUAAUGGACAGUGGAGAUAUUGAUGCCAUUGCCAGCAAGUUAGUAGCCCUCCAGAAUUGCCUGGGGAUUUUGACCCAUGUGCCUGACUAUGAAGAUCGCGUGGCACACCUUGAAGGUUUGAAGGUCAGACUGGAAGCGCUGGCCAGCCCACACAUUGUAGCUGCAUUUACACAACAUAAUCUAGAUGAAUCUGUGAAAUAUGCAAGACUUCUACGAUCACUAGGGCGAGUUGAUCAGCUGGAAAGUUACUAUCACAAGUGCGAGAUUGGUCAGCUGGGCACUGCUUGGCGGAAUGGAGUUGAGGGGUCCCAGUUAAGUGGCCCAGCACUGUGGCUGACUUCCUUCUAUGAUAAACUCUCUCUGCUUAUUUCAAACCAGUUGCGUUGGUGUGGGCAAGUCUUUGAAGGAUCUGAUGCCAAUCUUUUGCUUUCUCAACUGGCUGCUUCUACCCUAUCAUCGCUUGAUCCUCCAUCAGCCAAUUGGCCAAGAGGUGUUAUACCAGUCUCAAAGGGCAGUCGUGCAGGCUAUCUACAGCCCAUUACAAGAACAAGUAUUGAAAUAUCAAGAAUAUGA